AUGACCGUUCAGACGAAACGACCCAUAUAAGCUUCCAAAGAUGUUUACAUGAUCGCUUGGAUAAACCGAAGCAGGGUUUUAGUUUACAGAGAAGGCCGGAUAGAGACACAAUAACCAGAGUGUUAGGGUUUUAGUUUACAGAGAGGGGCAGAAAGAGAAUAACCAGAGAACCAGAGAGUUGCAGGAAGAUGACUGAAGAGAAGAAGAUGAUCCUCGUGAGAAGUACAGAGGGAAAACUUUUUGAAGUUGCACAAGAGGCGGCUCUACAAUGUGAAACAAUUAAAAACAUGAUAGAGGAUGGGUGCACCCCUAGUGAAAAGGGGAUCCCACUCCCUAAUGUUUCGAGCAAGACGCUUUCGAAGGUAAUCAAGUACCUCAUCCAUCAUAUGGAGAAUCGCAAAGGGAAUGAUGGAGAGGAAGAAGAGAAGAAGGCUGUGACAGAGCUCCAAAAGUGGGAUGAGGAGUUUGUCAAUGUCGAUAUGGAGACCCUCGUCGAUAUCGCACUGGCGGCAAAUUACCUGAAUGUGAAGAAUUUGCUUGACAUGACUAGCAUGGCUAUUGCCAAUCACAUCAAGGAUUUGAGACCUGAAGAAGUCCGGGAGAUUUUUGCAAUUGAAAAUGAUUUUUCGCCUGAAGAAGAGGCUAACGUGAGGGAGCAAAACAAGUGGGCUUUUGAAUGAGUCCGCUCUUCUUAGAGCUCUCUUUUCAAAUUGUUUUUGGACAUUAAAUUUUUUGUUUUAGAACCAUAUGUUUACACAACAAAUUGAGGUUUUGGUAAUUGGUAUCACCACCAUGAUGCCCAUGAGUCUUCACUUUUUGGUGAUUUGGGUGUGGGUGUGUAAGUAUGGUUAAUUAGUUUCAGGCUUGAGUUGCUGAUUUUGUAAAGGUGUUUUGCCUCUCUCUCAUUAUUCACAAAGAUGUCAUUUAUUCACAAGUAUUCUGUGUAACGAUUGAAUGUUGGUUUUUAGAAAGAGGUGGAUACAUAUUUGCUUGGA